AUGGCCGCAGAUGGUGGAGUGGUCAAACGUUUGGGCAAGGUGCCGAAGUCAGGUGCUCGGAAGAAGAAGGCCCGUGGCACUGCUGGCGGCGAGCUGAGCGCCAGGAUGGCCCAGCACCGCGACAAGCUUGUCCGCGAGCUCGCGGCCGUCGUCACCACCACAGUCUCGGAGCAUGUGCAGGAGAUGCGCACAGCCCGGGCCCUCGCCAACCCCCAACCCAAGCAGUUGCUUGCCAGCACCGUGACCCAGAAGGUCGACGUCUUCCAGGGCCGCAUCCAGUCGGUCAAGCUCGACGCCGUCAAGCAGGCCCUCGCCGACUGUAUCGUCGAGAUCGGCGUCGAUGCGCAGUACUCCAACAUCGCCUCCGCAGAGUUGGUUUCAUUUCACAUUGGCCGCGGCAGGAAUCCGCGGCAGAUCAAGACAGGGGUGCAGGGCCGCCGGGUCAGAGAAGGCUUCCGCGACGUCGACAGCUCCUGGCCGUGGUUCUUCGACAGGGACUGCGGGUGCAUCGUGGCGGGCCGUGGCACACGCGGCAAGCCUAAGCUUGGCUACCUCGGGCGCCUCGAGCUCCCGCGGGGCAUCGUCGCGCUCCGGGAGCUCCACCACGACGAGACCCCGCUCGUCGACUUUUUCGCCAAGGCGAAGUCCCGCGUGGACGUAGCAGCUGACCCCGCUGACGGUCGCGAAGCCGGCUGCGCGGGCGACGACGGCACCAAGUGGCUGUCCCCCGGCGCUCGCGCGGCCGACGAGCCGGCGGUGCCGGAGAGCCUCGAGGAGAUGACAGAGCUGUACGUGCGCCUCACGGACACAGAGGCGGCCCUCGCCGCUGCCCGCCGCCGGGAGUCCGAGAAGGGCCUGCUGCUGACGGAGGCCACGCGCCGCGCGGAGCGCGCCGAGGCCGACUUGCAGACGGAGCGCCGUCUCCUUGCCGAUGGUUCCGCGAGGGAGCACGGGCUGCAGGAGCAGCUGGCGGCCCUGCAGGAGGGCCUGCGGCUGGAGCGCCAGCGCGCGGACGCCGAGAGCGAGGCGAUGCAGGCGGAGCGGGCGGAGCUGCGCGACGCGUUGGCCGCCGCGCAGGCGGCCCUCUCGACGGAGCGGCAGCUGAGCAGGCGCGCCAACGACAGGGCGGACGAGCAGGAGUCGCGAGCCCGCGCCCUGGAGACCGAGCGGGACCUCCUGGACGCGCGCUACGCGGCGGCCGCCGAGGAGCUCCAGGGGCUCCUGCGGAGGGCCGAGGUGGCGCCCCCCGCGGAGCCCCCGGUGCAGCCGUCUCCGCGCGGAGCGCGAUCCGCCGCGCCGCUGCCGCCGGGGGAGGCCGCGCUGCAGCGGCGCCUCCAGCGCGCGAGCCGGCCCGUGGUGGCCGCCACCCCGCCGUGCCCCCCGCCGCCGGUGGCGGCCGGUCUACAGGGCGCGAGCCCUGCGCGAGGGCGCACGGCGGCCGGAGGCAGCUCGGAGGAGGGCACGAGCGCGAGCCCCACGGCGCUGCACGCGCGCGGAGCUCCGUGGGAGCAGGAGCUCCUCCGCGCUGGCCGCCACGCCCUCCACCUCGGCCUCCUCCGCGUCGAACUACGCCGCGUCGGAGGCGGCCGACGUUGGAGAAGCUGCCCCCGUGCGCUGGGUCGCACGGUCACCCGCGACGCCGUGCAGCCCAGCCGGUGGGCCAAGCGGCCCGAGGACUUGGACGACCCAGCUGAUGGUGGAGCGGCUCCGGCUGGGCCACCUGUCGCCGCGGCCCUCGAGUUGAGCUCGCGAUCGGGCAGACGGCCGGCUUCACCGUGCCCCAUCUCCUCCUUCCAUUCGGAUGCAAGUCCUGGGAUUUGGGACCGCCCUGGGCUGCCCCGAGGGGCCUUCUGAGGCCAGCGUGGACCACCUCCGAUGGCUGCGCGUGUGCGUGCGCGGCCCCCGGCCCUGACAGCGCAUGUCAGAGUAGCGAAGUGUAUGCUGCGAAUUCUAUUUUUUGGCGUCGCCAAUGGCGGCAGUUCUUCGCGCUCCUCGAUGUCACAGAGAGGAGACGCCCAGGUCGUUAAUUUUUAUUGACUCCCUGUCUCUGCGAUUCUCAAUUUCAAGAUCCCUCUCUCUCUCUCUCUUUCUCUAUUUCUUUCUCUCCACCGUUCUGAUAUUAGUCGGCGCGAGCGCGCCUAGCUUACCCUCCCAUCUCGCCUUCUCCCUCGCCUCCCCAGCAGCCGCCUUUCGCCCGGAUGGGAUAUCGUGGCGGAGAGUGUCGCGGGGACUGGCGAAAUGUGAGGCGUUCCAGGAGGGGUCCCGCGUUGGCUACAGUUGUGCAAGCUGCCGGCUUGUGCGGACAACCCUGACGGUGAGUGGUGCGAUGCUUGUGCUCCAAGCUCCACUCGCACUUCUCGCACGCAGUAGUGCGAGUCUGAUUCCCAUUCGCUUGCUGCGCAUGUAUGUUGGUAACCGCCCUACCCACUCUCCCUCAUUCUUGUCGUCGGCCUCGUCCUUCGUCCCCCUCCAGGUUUCACAUGUUCUGAUCUGCACGACGCUUUCAACAAGCCGACGGGGUUCCUUUCUUCACCGCUCUGUGCGUGAGGGGGAGAGGGGGUGCUGAGAGUCGGUCCAGGAUGGACCUCCCCUUCGAAGGUGGAGCCAAGUCGGAAACUGGAACAUAUACAUCACCAGUGGCGGGCUGUUUUUCAAUCCCAGGACUUUUUGAGGGUAGGGGGCGACGCUGGGGUGGUGUGGUG